ACAGAAAUUAUUUUUAUUUGUGCGUCGCCAUUUUUCGUGAAAAGUUAGUGGGAAAAAAUUGAAACAUUUACAGAAAAUUUUAAUUAAUUUCCCAUAAGUUCAUUUAAAAUUACUUCAGAAAUUCUGUAACGCAUUUGCAAUGGAUAAAAAGUCCAAGGAGGCGUUGAGACGCUACAAAAAAUCACGUCAGGCUCAGUCGAGUAGUGAAAGCAGCAGUAGUUCAGAUUCUGAUUCAGGAUCUUCGAGUUCCUACAGCAGUUCUGACAGCGAACGUAGGCAUCGGCAUAAAAAAUCUAGACAGUCGGGUGCUCUACGGAGAUCCACUAGUUCCAGUGAUGAGCGGCACAAACGGGAUAAACGUGAUCAUUGUCAGAAGAAAUUGGAGGCGAAACGUAAUCAUUUGAAACGUAAGUUGAAAGAGGCUAAAUUGAAGAAAAAAGCCGCUGCUGCUGCGGCCGCCUUAAGUGGUCAUUCACAUCGUGCUCUGUCCCCGGCCACACAAGCCAAGCUAAAAAAAUUGGCCGAACGUAAGCAUUUACGUGCAGCUAGUAAGGAACGCCGGGAAAGGGAAAAAGAAAAGCAUCGUGCUGCUCUAAGAGAACGUGAAAGGGAGCACCAUCGUGUGGGCAGUCGGUCGCCUACAAAAAUAACAAAAAUACGCAUACACCAAGAUGUUAAGAGACAAAAGUCUCCACCCCGUAUGCAUCACCAAUUGAUGUCCAGAGAGAAGAUUAUCAUACAAACUAGAACACGUGACCGUACUCCUUCUGCUGAGAGGGAAAGGCAACGUCAUGAGCAUAAAUUGCGUCAUGAGGAUAUGGCCAGAGAACGUGAACGCCGUGAGAGGGAGGCAGCACGUGAUAAAGAACGUGCCGAUGCCUUGGCCCGUUGCCAGGAACGUCAAAGGGAACGUGAGCGUUUAGCUCGCGAAAAGCUGCGUAGAGAGGAGGAAGAAAAGUAUGGAAAACCUUUAGGUGCCGAACGUCUCUUACCGCGGGGACCGGAACGCGAUAUACCACCAGUACGUGGUUAUGAAUCACGAGAACGUUCUAUUGAACGUGUUAAACGUGAAAUGGACCCUUAUGAUCAUGGCUACAUUAGAAAGCAUAGGGGGGAACCUGAGUUCGAGGAUGAGCCUGAACGCCGUGGUCAUUUAGACCGCGAAGAGUUGCUAAGGGAACGUGAAUAUUUGGCUAGACGUCGUGAGUUGAGUCCUGGUGAAUAUGCAGGUCCCAGUACCAGUCGUAUGCGCCCUGACCCCCGUGAUUUAUACCCAGAAGAUGAACGCGAGCGUCCUUAUAAGAGACCCUAUUUAGACGAAGGUGCUCCUCGCGGACAUCCCAUGAAUCGUGAGGCUUGGUUGGCUGAACGUGAGUUAAGAGAACGAGAAUUGCACGAACAUCCUAGAGAUUAUCGUGAUAUUGAGGCGGAAAGAAUGUAUCCCGAUGAACGCGAACGUUUGCCACCACGUGAGGGUCGUGAAAGACCACCUUUUGUGGGUAGACCCGGCCCAGAUUGGAAACGCAAUGAUUGGGGCUCACCCCGGGAACGCGGUGAAUGGCAGGGUGAUGAUGGUGGUCCACCACCUCCAGUACGUGGCAUAGGUUUUGUGGGUGGCCCCAAACGUGGUGGCGGUGUGGGAAUAGUUGGUAAAAUUCCCCCAUUAAUACAACAAAGGGAGCAGCGUCCACCUUCGGAACCCGAUUGGGAUGCGGAGGAGGGUCAAAUUGAUACACCCAAGAAAUCCGAAGGCACCCCAAAACGCGAUUGGAUAGAGCAUGAUCAAAGAGAGAUGCCGCUUAAUCGUGAAAAACCAGGACCUAUAGGUCGUCCUUGGAAUCCUAAUGAAUGGCGUGAAGGUGACGAAGGACCGGGGCCAAGUACUGGUUACCAACGUGGUCCACCCGGUCCCAUGAUGCAUCAUCCACGUAGUGAUAGAGGUGGUCGUGGUGGUUAUCGCGGUCGUGGAGGCCAUAUUGAUCACGGUGAACGCAUACCAGGAGGUCACGGCUUUAGACCUCACCAUCCUCCUGCUCUAAUGAAUCUACCCGUACCACCACCAGGUGGUUUUCAUGGUGCCGGGCCUAUGACACGUUUUCCCAAUAAAAGGAACAUGACCUAUACUAAUCCCAAUAUAUUAAAAAAACAACAAGCCGCUUUAGCUGCAGCUAAGGCAGCUGCUCAAGCAAGUGCCGUAGCGGCCGCCACAACAGCUGUUGCCGCCGCCAAAGCUGCAGCUCAAAGUGCAGCAAAUGCUACCACCAAUCCCAGUAUUUUAGGACAGGUCAGUAGCAAUCGACCACAAGCGAAUGAUGAUAAACCAGAAGCUGGUGAAAUUGUGGGAGAUAAUGACCAAAAGGAGGAAACCUCUCAAACAGCAGCUGCAGGAGAUGCGACUGCUGAGCAAAAAGAGAAAAAGAACAGUGGCGAACUUAGUGAAAUCAGUGAUAGUGACGAUGACAUACUUAAUAAGACCGAAAAGAAGACAAAAUUGGAAAAUGAUGACUCAAAUUCACAAACCAAGCCCGAAAGCAAAGACAACGGAGAAGAUAAGGGAGAGGAGGAAGAAAUUAUGGACUUUGAAGAAAUUUCAGAUGGUGAAUUAGAAGAAGAAAGAGCUGCCAAGGGAGUGGGAGAUGCUUUAGGCGUGGACUGGUCUUCUCUGGUGGCUGAAACUAAACGUAUGCCCUCAAAUCAAGCUACCACAGCUAAGCAGAAAUGGCAACCUCAUCGUAUUAUUUUAGACGUAGGCAUUUCUAUGCGUAUGGCUGGUGAGGAAUAUGCCAAGCGUUUACUGAACGAAGCCAAACAACAAUUAGAUGAAGAAUUGAAGGCUGAAGCGGUUAAAACCGAUACAAAAGUUGACAUUAAAACAGAAAUUAAAGAUGAAGUAUCUUCGCUAUCCACUUUAGAUGAUGAUUCUCAAGCCACAGCUCUUGAAAACGAGGACAGUACUUCCGACAUCAAACCCAAAGAAGAAAUUGAUGAUAAGACAGAUGUUAAACAUUUAGCAGAAGAUAUAGCUGCCACAGAAACAUUUAAUGUGGACUCUUUACCACCCUUAGCUUGCAUGCAAGUUUCACAGCGCAAAGCUGAAAUAGAGAGACGACAACUGAUUACAAAUGCUUGCGGUAUUAAUAGUAGGGCAUUAAGUGCCCGCCAAGAUUUAAAAUUACGUAGACAAUUGUGUGGUCUACCAGCUCGAGAAUGUGAAAUAUCACGUAAUAUACCACAAACAAGUGACAAACUUAAGGCCAUGGCUUUAGCUGCUUUUCAAAGAACAUUACAAGUUAAAUAAAUAAAUUAGCUAAUCAGUGUAAGGAGUAUUGUAAAGCAUGCGAUUUCGUUUUUUUUGUAAUUUAGUUUAGUUAUUAGUGGUUAUAUUUAAUAGUUCAUACCUAUAUAUUAUAUAUAAUUAUGGAAUGUAUAUGAAAAUGGAUUAUGAAAUUGAAUAUGAAAUAGAUAGAGCGAACAAAACAUAUAAAAUAUUACCCAGGAGCGGUAAUUCUUAUUUAAAUUCAAACAA